ACAAAUUAUUUGUCCGUGCAAAAGCUGUGUACGAAAUCUGAUCAAAUCUUAUUUUAUGCUGCUACCUUUACGAAUACAGGUAUGGAUUCAACAAAAGUGAAGGAGAUAUCAGUAUCAAUAACAUUGUUUGGUUUGGCUACACUAUUUCUUCACAAAGUACUUGAACUAUGGACACGGACGGAAACAAUUGGUGAAAAGACCGACGAAAGCCACCCGGAUAUGGUAACAGAUUUAAAACCAAGUACUGACUAUGAAUUAAAGAUUGAACAUAAUGGUUCUGAUCAAGACUUGAGACCUCUCAAAGAACCGUCAAUUUUCAUAACAACCUCAACGGCAGAUACACCAGAAAUAGAAGAUGAGUAUGUUGGAAUCAACAAGAGAUCAGUGACAGCUUUCCAUCCUUCUGUAUCAUAUCAAGAGGGAACAUUCUUCAAUAUAACUACAGUAGUCUUUGGCACAUCAAUGACAAAUGUAAAUACCGGGGAUAAAACGAUGUUUAUCUGUGGACCAAAUGUGAAGAGUACAAAUGCUGUAAUAGAUGGUAUAAUCAACUUUAUUUAUGGUAUAUCACCUGACGAUGACUUUAGAUUUUCAGUAGAACAGGAAACUACCAAAAACCAAAUAAAAGAUCAGGGUACUGAUAGAAAAAGAGCCGUUACUUUUUUAAAGGUUUUUCAAGCAGAAGAAUGCCGGGUUCCUAACACGGUAAACAUGAUAUGCGUGCCUUCCAAUAUUGAAAUUGAGGACAUUGAGAAACUUUCUUUAGAUCUUGAUCAAAAUGAAAUGUUUGAAAGUUCUUUGAACUCAAUCUGUUUUGUCUUCAAAGAUGCAUUCCCUUUAACAUGUGGGCAAACUCUGGCACGAUAUGUGAACGUCUUUAACACAUUUGUUGACGAUACGAAUCAUGUUUAUGAUAGAAAAGGUAGAUGUCCAAUCCCAUGUCUAAAAGAUCAUUCGAAUGUAGAUUGUUUAAAUCUUUCUACAUGUCUGCGACAAAUUGAGGUAUGUCAAAGUCGAAACAGUUCUUUUGAAACGGUUUUCGAGGAACUUAAAAGAUCGACUACGCAACCUUUUGAACAUGCAUUGAAAGUACACUUGCUACAGAAAAAAAUCGAGAGGGAUGUUAGGGAAUUUGAAAUAGCUACAGAAAACGCUAUUAAAUACGAAACGAAGAUAGAGACAAAAAUUAAAGAUAUACAAAUGUGGAGAAACAAGAAACUACUGUUCGACUUUAAAGUGAAGUCUCAAGAUAAGACUUCAAAACAAUCUUUACCAUCGGAAUGCAGAUAUGAUAAGUAUGAACAUUACUUUAUUCUACAACCAGAACAUGUUGAAAACGGUAUAAAAUGCCUGUAUUGCAUUCCCAAUCACCAAAUAUGUCACAAGCCUUGCGGACUGGAAAAUCAGCUAAAACGUACAUGCAAGAAGUUUAGAUGCCUAUCUUCGCAUGAACAUGAACUAACCGAUCAGUGCAACGAAUGCAAGUGUGCAGUGGAUGAGCAUGAACUUGGACAUUUUCUAAGUUUUGCAAAUGAAAUCGCCGAUUUUAAAAAAAAUUACACAAAAUGCAAACCAUCUAGAAGACAUUAUUAAGAAAGACUAUCAAGAGCUUAACAUUACAUCUGGAAAAUUAGAUAUCAAAGUUAACUGCAAUUUAUGUGUCGAAAUACUUGAAAUAGAAAAUGUCACAGACCUUGAACUGGAAGAUAGUCUUCAAAAUGUUCCUAGUCUAAUGUCAAAAGAGGAGUUUACAACCGAAUCAAAAGUAAAUUGACAGAGAUAAUACUUUUUCCUGAAUAUUUGAACUUUCAACCUUAUGCAUUACUAUUUUGGGGACCAGUCAGCGGUGUCGAUCGAUCACUUAUCAGUCAAGUAAGCGUCAAACUUCCGUCACUGAUUUGUUAGACUUAUAGUGCUGUACCAAGUCAAGAAAACGGCCAUUGUUAUAUUGUAGCGCACGUCUGGCGUAUAAAAAAAACAUUAUAUAACCUGUUACCUUU